AUGUCCACAAAGGCUUACCCUAAGUACGAAUUCGAAUAUGCAGUAUCGGAUAAAAAGACAGGUGACCACAAACACCACCACGAGUCCCGAGAUGGUGAUCGAGUACACGGUGAAUACGGGCUGAUCGAGCCUGACGGUUCUUUGAGGAAAGUACAAUAUGAUGCUGAUGAUAUCAACGGCUUCAAUGCAGUUAUAAGUAAAUCCUACAACAAACAUGGUGAUCAUGCGUAUUCUAUUACUGGCCAUACUAGAGAAUUUGGACAUGGAGUUAAGAUAAAUCACUAUUUUCCUAGUAAAAACUACUAUUUCCAAGAAGCUCAAGAUAUUGUAAAGGAGCCAAAACCGGUAAAAGAAGACAUACAAGACCCUAAAAAGAUUGAAGAAAUAAGUGCUGUGCCAAGCUCUCAACCUCCAAUUUCUGAACCUUCCAUAAUGGCGAUACCUGAAACAAUUCAAACAAAAGACGAAGAUGCAAUUACAAAAAUGGAACCCGUAGAAAAUGUACCAAUAAAAAUAAUUCCAACGGUGGUAUCAAUGCUUACGCAGAAUAAUGCACAAUUAAGUACUGAUAAUGUUGUAAUGGUGCCAGUAAUUAAGGAAUCUAAUGAUAUACCAAAUAAUAAAGUAGAAGUAAAUGAAAAUAUGUCGGAUGUAGAACAAACUCCGACUGAUUCUGAAGUGGCUUCAUCAUAUUACCGUUCUAAAAUUUAUUAUGUAAAUUUCUAA